CCGGGGUCCUGGCUGUGGGCACAGCUCACGUCCCCCAUCGAGGUGGCUGCUGUUCCUUGGGUGCAGCAAGGAGCCAGGGGCUGCCCUGUGAUCCCGCUGGUUCACCUGCUGCCCCUUGGGCUGGGACAGCAGAGCCGGGGGGCUGCUGCCUCCCCCCGCCGUGGCCCGGGAGCCGCUGGGGUGAAGCAGGAGCCCGCUGGCUGCCGGAGCGUGGCCUGCCCCGGGAAUGCUCUGGCCCCAUUCCCAGAAUCCGGCGCUGGGUGUUUGUUUGCUGCUGCGCCCCCGAGGUCUGGUGCUACUGUGACAGGAAGCGGGGACGCCGGGGGAGGGAGGCCGGCCGCCGGCUGGGGAUGUGCCUGUGAAAUCCCUUUGUCCCUGCCGAGCGCUCAGCUGCGAAUUCCCACAGCGAGGAGAGAGCCGCCUUUGUGCUGCUGCAGGGCUCCCGACAUGUGAAUCUCCUGGGCCCCGGGGUGUGAGCCGUGGGGCUGGUGCACAGGGGUGGCGGGGACCCUGCCUGCUGCCGUCCCCAGGGUGGGGGACCCGGGGAGCGGGGCUGCUGGGGCGUCCGUGGGCAGUGGGAUGCAGCGGGAUGUUGCUGGCAGGAAGGCUCCAGCCUCGUGGCUGCGGGUGGGCAGAGUCUCUGCCCGGAGCCUGGCGGUUUGGCUGCCCUCCUGCAGUCCUCUCCUCCCCAAAAGUGCCGAGGGAAGCUCAUCUCCCUUCCCCUUGCUGGGGCUCAGGCUCCUCUGUCCAGACGGUGCAGAGAGUCAGCAGCUUCCCGGCUUGCCUGGAGGUCUUGCCCCAGGCCCACAAGGAGGGAAAGAGCUCCUUGGAGAGGGGCGAGUGGCCCCUGGCGUGCCUGGGAGGACAGCUGCCCCGCCGCAGGAUUGCUGGAAUACCAGCAGAACAAUCACAGCUCUCUGUGGCUCACCCUGCGCUGGGAUGUCAACAUUGUGCUGGGAUGGCCAACAGCACAGGCCUGGUGACCUCAGCCCAGCCAGGGACGGAUCCCUUCCCCGGGGGAUUGCCCACUGUGUUUCACAACCGCCUGUCCAGGCCUGUGCUGUGGCCCUGAUCAGUAUCUGUGAUCCCGGCCCCCUGCCCUGCCAGGGGAGCGACCCGCGCUCCUGCUUCCUCCCUCCAGCCCCACCCUGCCCUUAUCGCUCCCUCCUCAUCCUGCUCCCUGGCUCCCCGCCUGCUCCCUUAUAAGGUGCGAUCUGCGUCCUGGCUUGCAUCUCCAGGUGACUCCCCUCUCCGGAGGGAGGCUUUCCCAACCCGUCCCGGCUACGUGGCCUCCGUCCCUGGCGCUGGGGGUGGCAGGUGAGAGCUCUCUUCCCUCCUGCUUCCUCACUGUGGUGGCUGGGCUGUUUCUCCCAUGACUCUCUGCGUCUAGAUCUGGCUGUCCCCGUGCCUUUGCCAAUCAAACCUGAACUUCCUCCUCUGACAGUGAAGAGAGGGGCUCCUGCCCCUUCUGGGUCACUUUUCCUCCCCUCACCUUGACUGCGUCCCCGCGCCCCCCGCCCUGCCUGCCCCGGGCACCACCCGUCACCCAUGGACGACUCGGAAGUGGAGUCGACCGCCAGCAUCCUUGCCUCUGUCAAGGAGCAGGAGGCACAGUUCGAGAAGCUGACCCGGGCCCUGGAGGAGGAACGGCGCCAUGUCUCAGCCCAGCUGGAGAGAGUCCGGGUCUCCCCACAGGACGCCGGCCCGGGCUUGGCCAACGGCACGCUCACCCGGCGGCACCAGAACGGACGUUUCUUGGGCGAUGCUGACCUGGAAAGGCAGAAGUAUUCAGAUCUGAAGCUGAACGGGCCACAGGACCACAGCCACCUCUUGUACAGCACAAUCCCCAGGAUGCAGGACCCGGGCCAGAUCGUGGAGGAGACGUACACCAUGGAGGAAGACCCGGAAGGGGCCAUGUCGGUCGUGUCUGUGGAGACGUCAGAUGAUGGGACAACCCGGCGUACGGAGACCACGGUGAAGAAAGUGGUGAAGACCGUGACCACCCGGACAGUGCAGCAGGUGCCGGUGGGGCCCGAUGGGCUCCCUUUGGAAACCUCCCCCGUCACCAGCAACUACGUCCAGACCAUGGACAGGAACUUCCGCAAGAACGGCAAUGGGGGCCCCGGCAGCUACCUGAGCCAGGCGGGCACGGCCACCCUCCCUCGCAACUACCACUACCCCGACGGCUACGGCCGCCCCUACGAGGACGGCUACCCGGGCAGCGACCACAGCUACGGCAGCCUGUCCCGCGUCACCCGCAUCGACGAGCGCUACCGUCCCUCCAUGGACACCUACCGCGCCCCCAGCCGCCAGGACAUCUACGGCCCCCAGCCCCAGGUGCGCGUCGGGGGCAGCAACAUGGACCUCAACCACUUCCACCCCGAGCCGUACGGCCUGGAGGACGACCAGCGCAGCGUGGGCUUCGAGGACGUGGACUACGGGCUCAUGUCCGACUACGGCACGGCCAGGAGGGCGGGCACCCCCUCGGAUGCCCGGCGGCGGCUCAGGAGCUACGAGGACAUGCUGGUGGACGACGUGGCCCCGGACCGGUACUACUGGGCCCCGCUGGCCCAGCACGAGCGGGGCAGCCUGGCCAGCCUGGACAGCCUGCGGAAGGGAGCUCCGGCGCCGGGGAACUGGCGCCAGCCGGAGCUGCCGGAGGUGAUCGCCAUGCUGAGCUUCCGGCUGGACGCCGUCAAGUCCAACGCGGCCGCCUACCUGCAGCACCUGUGCUACCGCAACGACAAGGUGAAGACGGAGGUGCGCCGGCUCAAGGGCAUCCCCGUGCUGGUGGGGCUGCUGGACCACCCCAAGAAGGAGGUGCACUACGGCGCCUGCGGGGCCCUCAAGAACAUCUCCUUCGGCAAGGACCAGGACAACAAGAUCGCCAUCAAGAACUGCGACGGCGUGCCCGCGCUGGUGCGCCUGCUGCGGAAGGCCCACGACAUGGACCUCACGGAGGUCAUCACAGGGACGCUGUGGAACCUGUCCUCGCACGACUCCAUCAAGAUGGCCAUCGUGGAUCACGCGCUACACGCCCUGACCGAUGAGGUGGUCAUCCCCCGCUCCGGCUGGGAGCGGGAGCCCAACGAGGACUCCAAACCCCGCCACAUCGAGUGGGAGUCGGUGCUCACCAACACCGCCGGCUGCCUUAGGAACGUGAGCUCGGAGCGGAGCGAGGCCCGUCGGAAGCUGCGGGAAUGUGACGGGCUGGUGGACGCCCUGAUCUACAUCGUGCAGUCCGAGAUCGGCCAGAAGGACUCGGACAGCAAGCUGGUGGAGAACUGUGUGUGCCUGCUGAGAAACUUGUCCUACCAAGUGCACCGGGAGAUCCCCCAUGCCGAGCGCUACCAGGAGACUCCCCUGGUCCCUGCCAACAACGCCGGGCCCCACGCCGCCAGCUGCUUCGGUGCCAAGAAGGGCAAAGACGAGUGGUUCUCCAGAGGUAAAAAGCUCCCAGAAGACCCUGGUGCCGACACAGUGGAUUUUCCCAAAAGAACAACUCCAGCCAAAGGCUACGAGCUCCUCUUCCAGCCAGAAGUGGUGAGGAUAUACAUCUCCCUCCUGAAGGAGAGCAAGACUCCGGCCAUCCUGGAGGCUUCGGCGGGAGCCAUCCAGAACCUGUGUGCUGGCAGCUGGACGUACGGCCGGUACAUCCGCUCGGCGCUGCGCCAGGAGAAGGGGCUCUCUGCCAUCGCCGACCUGCUGAGCCACGACAGCGAGCGCGUGGUGAAGGCGGCGUCCGGCGCCCUGCGCAACCUGGCCGUGGACCUGCGGAACAAGGAGCUGAUCGGCAAGCACGCCAUCCCCAACCUGGUGAAGAACCUGCCUGGAGGCCAGCAGACCCCUGCCAAAAACCUCUCUGAGGACACGGUGGUGUCCAUCCUCAACACCAUCAACGAAGUGAUCGUGGACAACCUCGAGGCCGCCAAGAAGCUGCGGGAAACGCAGGGGAUUGAGAAGCUGGUGCUGAUCAACAAAUCCGGGAACCGCUCAGAGAGAGAAGUCCGAGCAGCCGCCCUCGUCUUGCAGACAGUCUGGGGCUACAAGGAGCUGCGGAAGCCCCUCGAGAAGGAAGGCUGGAAGAAGUCAGAUUUCCAGGUGAACCUGAGCAAUGCCUCUCGGACCCAGGGAGGCAACUCAUUUGAUGACAGCACCUUGCCUCUCAUCGACAGGAACCAAAAAACAGAUAAGAAAUCCUCCCGGGAGGAGAUCCAGAUGAGCAACAUGGGACCAGACAACUAUUCCACACUCAACGAGAGGGACCACAGCAGGACGCUGGAGCGAUCCGGUGACCUGGGAGAGAUGGAGCCGGUGAAGGCGGCGCCGCUGAUGCAGGAGGAGGAGGGGCAGGAGCCGCAGCCUGAGGUAGAGGAGGCGGAGGAAGAAGCUGCUGUGCUUUCCCCCGUGUCGGUAUGUCCCGCGGUGUCCUGCCCAAUCUGACAGUGGUGACAGAUCCUGCUGUGCUGUUAGGGGUGCUUGGCCAGCCAAAUCCUGCUCCCGUUGAUCGAUCUCUGCUGCCGUGGUGCCGCCUCCGCCGCUCUCGCUCCCGCCCCAGCCCUGCUAACGCCUCUCCCUCUCUCUCUCCACAGCAGAAGAUCUAGCUGGCCUGCCCACCUCCGCUCCGUUUGGGUUGAUAAUAUAUUAUAUAUAUAAAUAUAUAACUCUUCAUGGUGGAAUGGACCGACUUUUACCUUGUCUUACUGUUGGAAUUUUUGCUGGACUCCUUGUGCCAACCAUCCAGCCAAACCAUGCCUGGGCCGGCUCCCCGGGGGCCACUCGGCCUCCUCUGGGCCUCUGCACCUCCCCGUCCCGGGACACCACGACUGAGAGCUCCUCCUCCCGUCCUCCACCACCACCUCCUUCCUCCCGAGGGGUAAAACCUCUUCCUGCCUGACUCUGCCGGAUCAGCCGGCGUGGAUGCUGCACAAGGACUCGGAUCUCUGCCUUGACCAGGAGCUGCCUUCUCUCCCACGCCUUCCCCCUGCUGCAAGGUGCCCGCAGGGACUGGGACUGGGACCUCACUCGCCACCGCCUUGUUUUUGGUUUGGUUUCGUUGCCUAUAGGAUGUAUUUUUUUUCGUGCGGGAUCACUCUUCAGCCAGGGACAGCACAGACAUCCCUCCUCCCUGGGGGCUGCAGGACCGGGGUCCAGGGGCUGGAGCCGUGGGUGGGGAGGGCGAGAGGAAGGACAGCCAGCAGCCAGCAAUAACUUCUCUUGCUUUGCUCUAGACGAGGCUUCGGGGGGCGUGGGAAGGGGGAUGUGGCUCUGGAUCCUGCGGAGGGGUCUGGAUGGGGGAGCCCCGGCUCCCACCCGGUGCCUGUGUGAGGAGGAUCCUUAUGUGGGGAAGAGGGUCAGUGCUGGGGCGAGGGACGGGCCUCCCAGGGUGGAGGUGUGAAGGGUCCCUGUGGAGGGAGGAGACGCAGUAGGAUUUUGGGGAGAGGGCUUGGGGCGCGCCGUGCCGGGCGGCUGGAGCCGGGACCCCCACGGCGCUGCCCCCCCCGACUUUCUCUUGACACGUGCCUUUCUUUUGCCACUGUGAAAUAGCUGUUUGAAUCGUACUGUCCGGCUGCUUCCCUGGGGAAGGGGAGUUCCCUGGGCUUCCAGCAGGGCUUGAACUCCUCCCUUCCCCACCGGGAGCCUUCCCUGGCUGCAGUGGGGCUGGGAGCCUGUUUCUGGGGGGAACCCACCCCCCCUGCCCUCGCUGAGAGGGUUCAGGGCAUUGCCAUCCAGGCCUGGGGAGCCUGGGCUGCCACGGGAGCUGGGAUGUGCUCCUCCUCCUCCUCUUGGCUGUGGUGCUGGGGCACAUUGACGUGCUGUGAUCUUCUGGGGGGCCCUGCUGCUCCCUGUGCAACUGGAAGUCUCUGUAGGAGGCUGCAAACUGGAGCAGGAGCCCUCCCAGCCCGGGGCUCCCCCCGGGAGGGGUGUGGGGAGGUGGCAGGGGCAGAGCUGGUGCCUUGCUCCUGCCCCAAAUCCCCCCCCCCCCAGCACCAGCUGGGCCCUCCCUGCUUCCAGCCCCACCUCAGCUCGGUUGGGUUUUGUUCUGGGGUCUAACUCUUCUCUUUUCCUUUAAAUAUGUAAAACACUAAUUCCUUUUUUAAUUUUUAAUUCUAAAUGAACCAAAAAGACAGCAUCCCCCUCCUCUCCCCCUCGGCCCUGCUGGGGAGGGGGGCUGAGGAGGGGAGGAGGGGGAAGCACCAAGCCGUUCCUUGUCUGAUUCCUGUGCACACUCUUGUAACGCUUUGAAAACAAAAUGAUUUUUUUAUAUAAAUAAAGUUUUUAAAGUGUG